UAAUUUGAACUCAUAUAAACAGCGAUUUCAUUCUUGGGAAGUAGCGCUUUUAUACACUAACCCCAUCAUCUCUGUUCGAAAACCCAAUCUUUAAAUCCUCAAUUCUCACCCAAUCAAUUCCAAACCAGCCACCGAUAUCAAAAUCCGGCGAUUCCUCAAGUGAAAUUCGAAACAGACGAUGCUCUCCUUAACCGCUUUCCCCUGCCAUCUCCUCCAUCACCGAUCCCUAACCCUAAUCAGAUGCAAUCCAGAAAACGGCACCGACCUCAGCCCACCGCAGCAAAUCCGGCCGCCGGAAUCAGUAGAAAUCCGAUUCAAACGCGGCUCGAGACGGAGGCGAAGGCAGGAGGAGGAAGGCGGCGGCGGCGUUAAAAAAGCGGUUGAAAAGCAGCCCAAGGAUUGGGAUUCGAUGAGCUUGAGUGAGAAGGCGAUGGAGCUGUACGUAGGCGAAAAAGGUCUGCUGUUUUGGCUCAACAAAUUUGCUUAUGCUUCCAUCUUCAUCGUGAUUGGUGGAUGGAUUCUGUUCCGAUUUGUGGGGCCCUCUUUGAACUUGUACCAGCUCGACGCUCCUCCAUUGCCCCCUUCUGCAAUGCUCAAGUCGUAAUUCAUAGGUUAGGUUAUGUUACUAUUGUUGUAUUCAUAGUUAUUCUGUUUAUACCGAUGCGAGAUAUUGUUAUGUCUAUCUGUUUCGUUUGCCGAUAUUGCUAUGUCUUGCCAUUAGGAAAAUUGCCUAAAAAACGACUAUUUUUUUGAUCAAUUUCUGGUCAAUCUCGCAAUUUUAUAAAAUAACCGAAUUUAAAAAUUGGCAAGGUUAUGAUAUAAGCGACCAUUUUUAAAAGUUGCGAUAUUGAUCAGAAGUUGAACAAACUUGGUGGUUUUUUUGAUAAUUUGGCUUAAUAUAAAUAGAAUUGUAGUACUAUAAACAAACUGUUAAUGAUGAUCGUAUCCUACAUUUAGAAAAUGAAAUGAAUGAAUGGUGGAAAGUAUAGGGAGAGAAGCAAUGGACAGAAAAUAAUGUUUGGAGAGGAAGUGGUGGGGAAACAUGUGUGUAUAUAAUGAAAGGAUGGAAGUGGGAUUGUUGUGAUUGAAAGGAGAGAAAAAGGUGGUUAUUGAGAAAGCGUAAUGUAUAGAAUAGGUAAUGGUCUUUGGCCAUUGUUUGCAUAGGGGUUUCCUUGAACAUCUGCAGUGAUCUUGAGGAGGUCUUUGCCUAUCCCUUCCGACACACUUGUUUCGAAAACAAGGAGAAGCAGAAGAAGAAGAAGCAGAGGAAAGUAGGAGGAGGAUCGCGAGGGAAACCGACCGGAUCAAGCAAGGGCGGCGUCGUUGAAGCCAGGCUUGUCGGCCUCAUGGACGUCUUGGGACUCAUCCGCAUCCGGGUGCGCCGCGGGAUCAACCUGGCUGUCCGCGACACCCUCAGCAGCGACCCCUACUGCGUCGUCUCCUGCUCCAACCAAAAGGUCAAGACCAAGGUCAUCAGGGGCAACUGCAACCCCGUGUGGAACGAGGAGCUCACUAUCUACAUCAAGGAUUUCCAUUCUCCCAUUGUGCUGAAUGUGUACGACAAGGACACGUUCACGGUGGACGACAGCAUGGGGUGCGCACACAUAGACAUAGAGCCGCUGAUAAAGUGCCUGAAGAUGGGGCUGUCGAGCCUCCCCGAGGGGACGAAGGUGGAGAGGGUGCACCCGACGAAGGAGAACUGCCUGGCCGAGGAGAGCACCAUUGUGUGGUACAAAGGUGGGAAGAUGAGACAAGACAUGAUGCUCAGACUCAACGAGGUCGAAUGCGGCAAAGUCCAAAUACAGAUUGAAUGGAUCGAGAUUCCUGGCUGCAAAGGCCUCCAUGCCUAAUCCAAUAUCACUAUUUUAGCUCGCUCUUAAUUUCCAGUUUUUUCCUCGCAUUUUCCACACAAUUGCAAAUGAUUGAUAUAUCUUGCAUUCAUGUCUAAUUUACAAUUCUGGUACUCUCUUCUUUGUUUA